AUGAUCCGCCUUGUGCGACGAAGUGUACACGUCGAGGUCGUUGUCUUCGACACAACCGCAAGUCUCAUCAAUACCGACGACACCACUGCCAUCCAAGAAACUCCAGGCACAGGUCAUCGGAGCGCAACUCGGGUCGGAGAAGGGCCACGCGACCAGCUCAAGGCUACAGUUGACGCGACGGGAGAGUCCAUUACGAACGACAGCCAAGAGCUCAUCAACAGCCUGACCACGAAGAAGAUACAGCUCGAGACGGAACUCUUCAUCUGGAAAUCCCGCAGCGAGGGACAGAGCGCCAUGCUAGAAUGGAGUACGGCCAAGUUGGUGAAAUAUCGCGAAGUCCACGACUUUGUGCUUGAAUGUUCCAUCGUCUGCAAGCACCUUCGCCGUGGGAUGGCGAAGCCUGCAACAGAGCGCAAGGGGAGUGCAGUCAACGACGGCGAGUUUGGCAAGCGUCUCCGCGAUCGACUUGCGUUGUCUGGCGCAGCCUCGCCGCAGUUCGACCUUUCAGACCUAGCGAUAGACGAAGUUGACGACGACGCCUUGGAGAAAUCAUUCAACACCGCCAAAGAGGAAUGGGAGACCGCUGAGGAGGAGGCAGACGAUGCUGCCAUGGAGCUUUGA